CCAUUGAACCAAGAUGCCCCGCUCAGCAGCAAAGUCCCAAGCUGACAAAUGUGGACGCAGGUCAUCUGUCCAAGUGACCACACCUCAAAUGCAGGACUUAGAAGUGGAAUAUAUUAUUCCUGGUCAGUUAACACAGAACCAAUGGAUGGACAUGUUAAUGCAUGAGGAGGCAGAGGAGACAGUGGGGGAAAUCAUGGACGAAUUGAUGUGCAAGGUCAUGGAAGGUUGUUUCAAGGUCUACAUUGAAAGACAGAUGGCACCUUAUUCUGCAUUGUGGGCCAUAACACACCUCACAGAGAUUGUGACACAACAGUUCCUGUGCCACGAUGAAGGAGAAAAAUCAGAGGAAGCAUCUAAAACAGAGGACUCAGAGCCUUUGCCAGCAAUUCCAGAUUCUUGGGCUCAAGGAUGUGUGCCAAUUGUAUAUCCUAUGCCACCAUCAUACCUCAUUUCUAAACAGGAGGAUAAUAUUAACGAAUUACCGAAGGAAACCGAAACAAGAGUACAAACAAGAGAACAGCAUCAUCUGAUGGCCCAAACUAACAUUUCUCCAAAGCUGUCAGUAAAGGAGACAAGUCCCAUCAAACCUACUGAUGACAGGAGCUACAAACGGUUUGUUCUCCACCCCCCACCAAAUAUUAAUCAGAAGAAAAAACAGCAGAAGCAUUCCCUUUCUAAGACUGUUUUGGGCAAAUUACUCCCAUCUCUGUCCCAUUCAUCUGAAAAAAAGGUCAUGAAGACAGAAGCUGAAGAGCAUUCCGUCGUCCAUGACCAUUUGCCAAGAUUAGUAAAUCAACAUAAAGAACAUCAGUCAAUACCAAAGCUUGAAUAUUCCCAACUCCCUCGACACUUUAUUACUCCCCAGUAUGAGAUUGUGGAUAACAACUACACAAAAAAUAUCUCCAAGAAACCAAAUAGAGACUCCAAAGUAGAACAAAGAUGUAAGAAGCAGGAAUCUGAAUGGGCAGUUGUGCCCCAGAAGCCACAAACAAGUUAUGUGAAUCAGCCAGCAAAGAGAAGAGAUGAAGUGGAUGUCUUGGUGAAGAGGGUCUCUCUCCCUAGACCUAAAGGAGAGGGGAUAGUGACCCCUGGGCCUCUCGGGACAAAGUGACCUUGGCCAAGGGUGUUUCUCUUUGGGAAGGUCAGGCACCAGAAAAGCCCCCUCAAAUGCAGUCUCUGAUCCAUCCCAUCAAGCAGACGCCUAUAAAAAAACGUAAUCUAGCUGUGCCAAUGUUUUCUAUGGGCCAUUUUGUCAAACUUCCACCAUCACUACAAUGUGUUUCAGCUUUAAAGAUGUUACACUUUGUGUGUUUUAUUGCUUUUGUACUUAUUUUUAAGCAGGAAAAACAAUGUGUUGAUUAAAAACUCCACAUUGUUUACUGCUCAUUGUAGACUAUCUGUGAAAGAUGUGUGUCAUGUUUUUAAAAUUUUGCCAUUUUUUGACUUAAUUUUCAGCGUCAUUUUAUCUAUUCAAUGUAUCUAUAUUUGCA